UUGCGAUGUGAAGAUCGGCGAUGGGCUCUGUCCCCAACAUUCCGAUGACGGAAGUGGGGCGGCGUGCGACGACGACGCUGUACGAGAAUGGCCGAGUGUGGCAGUGGACGCCCCGCGCGCCAGGGGGAAAACCCAGUGACCCUCGCGACUUUGCCGGGUACGCGUCGUGGUUCACUACGUCUGGCUCGACGAUCUCGGUCGUCGGCCAUGGCGAAGUGCCGCAAGAGGUUCGCGCAAAUGCGUCAACAGUCGUCGACUUGCAAGGACAAGUUGUUUUGCCGGGGCUGCAUGACUCGCACAUUCACCUGUACCACAUGGGAGAAGUUGCACACUACGUCGACUUGCGAGGAACGUCGUCUUUUGCAGACUUGGCUGCCCGUGUAGUCGCGCAUGCGUCCAAGUUUCCGCUCGCCGACUGGCUCGUCGGGUUCGGAUGGGAACAAGACAAGCUGUCGGUCCCUGCGCGGUACCCCACUCGAGCCGACCUGGACGCGAUUCCCGUGAACCGACCCAUCUACUUGUGGCGCGCGUGCUUCCACAUUGCCGUGGUCAACUCGAAAGCGCUGGACGUAGCUGGCUUGGACACAUCUCCGCACCCUACGUGGGCUCAAUGCGGUGGGGGUGGUGUUGUCGACCUCGACUGCGAGGGAAUUCCCACCGGUAUCCUCCGGGAAUCGGCCGUGAAUCUUGUUCAAAGGUGCAUUCUUGAGACGUCGGACGGUGCGUUCUGUGGCUUGAUUGUGGCCAAUUCCAUCACCAACACGGUGACUGUCGACUGGUUCGUAGCCGUGCGCACGCAGUACCUUCAACUUGGAUUGCAAACGUGCUUGGAAUUUGGGCUCACAGGCGUGCAGACCAACGAUGCGCAUUGCUUGCCGCUGUACCAUGCCCUCCAAGCGUCCAACCAACUUCCCCUGCGCGUGUACAUGACACCAGACCACAACGAAAUCGAUCCACAUCAUCACGGGUGUCUCGACGUCGGCGGGCCAUUUCAACACGACUUGAUCACGGUGGACCGCGUCAAGCUGUUUGCUGACGGAAGCCUUGGGGCUGAGACAGCGGCGCUGCGCCAACCCUAUCGUGACUCGACCAACCAAGGAAUCCUCGUGCACACGAACGAUGACAUGGUUGCCAAGAUUCGCAUCGCCCAUGACGCUGGCUACCGCGUCGAAAUUCAUGCGAUCGGUGACAGAGCCGCCGCGCAAGUGCUGGCGGCAAUGGCCCAAGUGCCAGGGAUUGAUCGCCCCCUCCUCACCCACUGCCAGAUCCUCGGACCAGAUCUUCUGGAAACCAUGGCAGCCCUCGGCGUCGUCGCCAACAUCCAGCCGUCCUUCGUUGUCACGGACGCGACGUUUGCAUCGAAGCGUCUGCCACCAUCGCUGCUGCCGUACUCGUACUGCUGGUACACACCCUGUUGGUUUGGCUGAUAUCCCGGGUGCUAUCGUCUGGGACUCUCGUGCAUUGUGAGAGCUUUGGCGCUGUGAUGUGUGGUUGAGCAGUCGCGGACGGAAUGCUUGAAAUUUGAUGUGGUCUGCUUGCCCGUAUGCCGUCGACUCGCUCUGUCAUCGUGAAAUGACAUUCAACUGUGCAUGCCAAACGUGACACUUCGUGCAGGCAAAAGAUGAUCGAUGCUGGAAUUGUGUGCGCCGGUGGAAGCGAUGCCCCCAUCGAAACCAGCAACCCGUUUCAGGGCAUGUACGACGCGAUGCACCGCACCGCGCCGCUGGACGAUCCACUGGAAUGCCUCAGCUUUCCCCAUGCCCUCCAGCUGUACACCCUCAACAGCGCGUACGCCGCCAAGGAAGAGUCCCGACUGGGCGACAUCACGCCGGGAUUUCAAGCCGACUUUGUCGUGAUCCAGUACGAUCCAAUGGCCGAGGAAUCGACCAAGCUGCUUGCGUCCGACAUUGUCCAGCGCGUGUUUGUCCAAGGCAUCGAACGCUUCAACUCGACGACGACCCCGAAAUCCCCCCUCACGGUCCAAGCCAGUGGCCUUCCUGGCAAAAAAUGGCAAAAUCCGCAUCUGCCGCUGCUGCCGCGUCUAGGUUUUGGAGCCGGCGAUGCGCCGAGCUUGCUCGCUGGCUGCACAUCGCAUCCGUCAGGUCAGUCAGGUAGUAGUACUAAGAAGGGUACUAACUCGUUUCGUCAAAC